AUGAACAAUAAGUCGAAAGCCGAGCUCCAGGAGAACUGUGAAAAUAUUGGCAAACUUUGGCUACAAAUCAAACGACAUAUGGAUCAAGAAGUGGAGAAAAGAUAUAAACUCUUGCGACGAGAGUUCAGAAUUUUGAACGACAUAUCGGUUGAAGUAAAUCCGACUCAUAACUCAUCGGUCUAUCGGACGCCUACUGUGGGUCUGACAGAACAGAAUCGGUUCGACAAUACUGUCCAAAAAAUGGCCAACAAAAUGAUCAACAUAUCGGCCCAUUCCGAGCAAUUGCCACAAACCAUGUGGAGAGACAGACAGAAGACUUACGCCAGAAAAGUAUUAAACAUCCGAAGCCCUCUUCCGCUCACUUCCAGCGUUCAGAAGUUCACAAAAUCCAAGUCAGAGCCAAAUAAUGUUACUAUUCAAGAGAGAUGUGCCACCAUUGAGUGCAUCCGCGAAGAGGAUCUCAAAUUGAUUAAUAAAUUCAGUCAAAUGUCGAGUAAUGCCAUCAAAAAGGGGUUCAGUUUCUGGUCAGAAGAGCCGAUUGUUGUCGAGUUUAACCCAAACACCAAAUCCAAAUGAACUAUUGAUUAUGGUUUUAGAUUUAGAUUUAGUAUUAAUUAUAC